CUUCGUUAUGCAUACUUGGCAUGGCUUGAGAGCUGUCACAUAAGAAAUCUGUUAAAUGAGCCUCGCGUGUAAUCGGUUAUCGAACGCACAGCACUACAUACGUAGAAGUCUGUUGGUUUUUGAUUUCUACGUAAAAAUGGUAUAGCAGUGCAUGCAAUGCCAAGUAUGCAUAACAGAGCCUUAAAUGUCUAAGGAGAAAUGUUUGGAGGCUGAAGCAACAAGGGGUCUUGUAAGUUAUGUUUGUGAGCUUCCCAAAACAUUUAAUUCUACAACAAUCCAGUGAAUUAUAUUUUAAACAUUCCCAAGUACUCACGCUUGUUGGUAGAAGGGCAGGCAAACAAAUUGUGACGGCAUGAUUGAUCGGCUGUACAAGCUGAUGUGGCUUGUACUGCAUAUACUAGCGAGCGUAUAUGAAAUCUUUAGUUUUCUAAUAUUGCGUUUGCAAGGUUUAGUACUUUGGUCAUAUGACCUAUGGCACAACAAUGCGGCGAUAACCUGCCGCGACCGCGCGUAUUUGCAAGGCUGCAAAGCUGAAUUAACGAAAUUACCAAAACAUCUCAAUUUGAUCAUUGGGCCUGAUUCUCUUGCAAACGUAAAUGAAGCGGUUUUGGAACGCAUUUUCACAUAUGCCCACAUUGUCGGCAUCGAUUGCGUCAGUUUAUAUGAUGUGCGUGACGAAAAUAUGGGACAUAUUGUCCUGGAAAAAGUAUUUAUGGCACAAAAAGCAUUUUGGAAGGAGUUACGACCAAACCAAUACGAAUGGAGCCUGCCGGAGUAUGACCCAAAGGGCCAAAUAAAAGACGAAUGCAAUAGUAAUGGAUAUGUGGGGAAUGGUUCAAUUAGUAAAAAUGGCAGCGCGUGCAAUGGCGAUAGUUAUGACAAAAAAGCACACGCUAAUUUAAAAAUUUAUAAACUUACCGAGCAGGACAAUCGUCCUCUGAUAGUUAAAAUCUGCCGCAAAUUAUUUGAACAUCGUAAUACCUCUAAUGUGCAGCACUUAUUGGAAGACCGUAAACAACUCGAGCAACACAUUAGUGAUGAAGUGGCACAACAUAUGCAAUGGAAAUUUGUAGAUCCAGAAUUGAGCAUAAUUUUCAACAGAGAUACGAGCACUUUCGGGGUGUUACCAUGGCAGACAAGAUUCACAGAAUUCCAUACAUUCGAGACUUUGCGAUACAUGAAUGCAGAAAGCUUCGCCAAAGUGCUGUAUAAAUAUUCAAAAUGUGAGCAGCGUUGGGGAAAAUAGGUAUUUAAAAAAUUAUGGGCAACUAGUGCAAGCACGAAAAUUAUGAGAUGGGGAAACUAUUUUAAUAUAUAAAUACAUUAGUAUAAGAAAACAAUGUGUGCGCGUGAUAAACUGCAUUGAUAGUAAAAAAUUCACUCAAUUGAAUCGGUUGCACACAAACAAUUAAAUUAUACUAGAAAUAUGUAUAAUUGUAGAAAUUACAAUUUCAUAUGUACUAUUUUUUGGUGUGUUUUCAAUUAAGUUAAAUGUAUAGAACUAUUUGAAUCACAUUUUUAUUACCAUACAAAUAAUAAUGAGCAAAAACGGAAUAUAAAUAAAUACAUAUAUGAAAUUGAAUAAAAAGUUGAUUUGCGAAUAAAUGUUCGUUGACUAAAAACGCAUAGAACAUUUAAAAUGUUGUGUUUAUACGUAGUAUGAAUGUACAAACUUUUGGAAUGGUGUGGUUCAAGGAUAUUGCUGUAAAAAAGGUUUUUAACGAAUGCUGCUGGAGUGACAGUACUUGAGUACUUGAUACAUAUCAAGAUAUAAAUCUGAGUCAUUCUUGGUCGGUCUGUUUGAGUUGUUUGACUGAUCUUUUAGCUGGAUUUAGCUUCAAUAGACACAAUGUUGUUCCAGAACGUCAUCUCUCGUGUGGAAGGUGUGUGGUAAUGGGCGAACUUUUCCAGUUUUUUGAAAUGGUUGAACCAUUAAAUAAAAAUAAUUUUUUAGAAAUAGUAUUGCAACAUUCUUUUAUCAUUAUUGGAUUUUGCUAAGUUGUAAAAAUUCUUCCUGAUCUGCAGUAGGUGUAUUAUGUAACUUCUAACGAUAAAAGAAAUUUUACAAAAGCUUUUUUUUUUUUUUUUUUUUUGAGAUUUCAAUAAAUUAGCUGUGGUGCAAAGACCACAUUGCCAGAUCAGUCAACAAAUGGUUGUCAAUGGUAAACAGUCAUAUGUUUACGGUCAAUGGUAGUCAAGUAGUCCGAGUCAAAACAAAGCAAACAUGUAGUUAGAUUUAUUGUGUAUAUUAAACUUGAUUUGAGAGAUAUCGUUAUACUUUAAUAUCAGCUAUCUUAAGAAAUUUUACGAGCUGAGAAAUAAUAGAUACAUCCUUCGUUAGCAAGAUUUCCUUAAUUGUACGAAAAGUAUUAAAAAAGGCAAAAUCGCAUCUAAACGCAUUAUAUUUAGCGCAGAAGAAGACCGAGUGAUCAAGGCUUUCUUCAGUAUCACACAAAGGACAAAUAUUUGUUGGAAUUGAACCUAUCCGAUACAAAUAGAGACGACUUGUGAUACCACGGCUUUGAUGGUAGCUCUGGGAAGAUUUCCGCAAAGAAAGCUCCCUUGUGUUGCGAUAAUAGUUUGUAUUCCUGAU